AUGAACAAGCCGGUCAAGCAGCAUCUGAUCGACCCGGAAAUCUGCAUCCGUUGCUACACAUGCGAGAUGACGUGCCCGAUCGGCGCCAUCACCCAUGACGACAACAAUGUCGUGGUCGAUGCCGCCCGGUGCAAUUUCUGCAUGGACUGCAUUCCGGUGUGUCCGACCGGGUCGAUCGACGAGUGGCGGAUCGUCAACGAGCCCUAUUCGCUGGACGAGCAGUUCGGCUGGUCCGAGCUGCCGCCCCAGGAGGAGAUCGCGGCCGACGGCGAUGGCGCCGACACCUCGAUCGAAGCGUUCGACGAUGCCAUCGCCGCGCUCCUGGCCGAGGCGCACAGCGGCGCGGGCGGCAAGGCCAGGGCGCCGGCGAGCGCGGCCAAGCCUUCCAUCAACCUCUACAACUUCGCCAAGCCGGCCGAGGCGACCGUGACCGGCAAUUUCCGGCUGACCAGCGAAGAUGGCGACAGUGACGUGCGCCACAUCAUUCUCGAUUUUGGCGCCACGCCAUUUCCCGUUCUGGAGGGCCAGUCGAUCGGCAUCAUCCCGCCGGGGACCGACGAGAAGGGCGAGGCGCACCUGCCGCGGCUUUACUCGGUAUCGAGCCCGCGCGACGGCGAGCGACCGAACUACAACAAUGUGUCGCUGACGGUGAAGCGGGAACCCAACGGCGUCUGUUCCAAUCAUGUCUGCGACCUCAAGCCGGGCGACAUUGUCAAGGUGACCGGGCCCUUCGGCUCGACCUUCCUUUUGCCGUCCGAUUCCGACGCGCAUCUGAUGAUGAUCUGCACGGGCACCGGCUCGGCGCCCUUUCGCGCCUUCACCAUGCGCCGGCAGCGCGAAAAUCCGCGUCUCAAAGACACGAUGUCGCUCUAUUUCGGCGCGCGCACGCCCGAAGACCUUCCCUAUUUCGGGCCCCUCAAAAAGGUGCCCGAGAGCUUCAUGAAGAAGGUCUUCGCCUUUUCGCGCCAGCCCGAAAGCCCCAAAAACUAUGUGCAGGACAAGCUGCGCGAGAACGCGGACGAUGUCGCCGCGCUGAUGCGCAAUCCCGACGGCUACAUCUACAUUUGCGGGCUCAAGGCGAUGGAGCAUGGCGUCGAGGAGGCCCUGUCCGACAUCGCCCGAAGUGCCGGGCUCGUCUGGACCGAGGUGCGCGACACCAUGCGCGACGAUGGCCGCUAUCAUGUCGAGACCUAUUAG